AUGGAGCCUGAGGAUGAUGGGAUCGAGCCGAUCGCCAUCGUUGGCAUCGGCUGUCGCUUCCCCGGCACCGCGACUUCGCCGGCAGCCUUGUGGGAAACGCUCGCCAACUAUGAGAGCGCCUGGUCAGAAUUUCCCAAGGAUCGCAUGAACAUGGAUGCGCACUACCAUCCGGAUCCCAAAAGACAAGGAAGCACAAAUGUUCGCGGCGCUCAUUUCCUCCAGCAAAACAUCGCUGCGUUCGAUGCUCCAUACUUUGGAAUAUCUCCAGACGAGGCAAAAGCUAUGGAUCCCCAACAGAGAAUACUACUAGAAGUCGCAAUAGAAGCCUUGGAUAAUGCUGGAAUCAAUCGAAAUGAUAUUAGAGGGACUGAAACUGGAGUGUUUGUUGGAUCUUUUCAGAUUGUACUCCGAGAUCGUGAUGAUCAACCGCAAUACAGCGCCACGGGCACCGCCAACUCCAUCUUGGCUAAUAGAAUCUCUUAUUUCCUGGAUAUCCAUGGACCGAGCCAGACGGUCGACACAGGCUGCAGUGCGAGCCUCGCAGCCAUUCACGACGGGUGUAAAAGCUUACUCAGCAGAGAGACAGACGCGGUCAUUGCUGGUGGUUCAGGACUCAUUCUGACGCCGAAUACCAUAUUUUCGAUGCAGGCACUUGGCUUGCUGAGUCCUGAUGGGAAAUGCUUUGCGUUUGAUGAACGUGCCAAUGGCUAUGGUCGUGGCGAGGGAGUCGGCGUCGUGGUUCUGAAGCGUCUCGAGGAUGCCAUUCGGGACAACAGCUGCAUCCGUGCUGUCAUCCGUGGUAGCCGUGCCAACCACGAUGGCAAGACUGCUGGGCUCACUCAACCUAAUCCCAAAGCUCAACUUCAGAACAUCCAAAAGCUCUACAAACGUGCAAAGUUGGAUCCCAAAGAAACCGGGUUUGUUGAAUGCCACGGAACUGGUACACAAGCUGGAGACGUUCGAGAAAUUCAAGGAGUACACGACAGCCUCUGUCAGGGCCGUGCAGCAAACGAGCCUCUGGUUGUCGGGUCAGUCAAGGCCAACGUGGGUCACCUGGAGGGCGCUGCAGGUAUCGCUGGUCUAAUCAAAGCUAUCCUCGUUGUUGAAAAGGGCAUCAUUCCCAAGCAGAUCAACUACGACAGACCAAACCCCGCCAUCGAUUUUGCAAACAAGAACAUCAAGGUUCCUACCUCCAACAUUCCAUUUCCGCGCCAUCGUCGCGGACUCAGACGAGCUGGUGUCAACUCGUUUGGGUUCGGCGGUAGCAAUUACCACAUUGUCAUUGACGACGCGGCGCACUAUCUAUCAGAACGCGGCCUGCGUGCCAAGAACAACACAACCUUGACGAAUGAGCUUGCUUCUACGGCUACAGCUGGCUACUUCCCAAGCCAAGACAAACCUUCGCAUCUCUUUAUUUUCUCAGCCCAUCAAGAAGACUCACUCCGAUCCAAUCUUGCUCGACUGUUGGAGUAUGUCCAGAAACCCGAAUGCCCCACCGACACCCAGUAUCUCCAGAAUCUCGCCUACACUUUCGGUCUCUGCAGAACGCCGAUGGACUGGAGGAUAUCCUUUACGGCCGCAUCGAUGGAUGAAUUCAAGGUACAACUGGCUACUGCCAUCAAGGCCAAACUGAUACCGCCUCCCGUCGGUCGCAAAGCCUCCAAGGUCGCAUUCGUUUUUGGUGGUCAAGGAUCGCAGUCGCACUGCAUGGCUCGGGAGCUCAUGGGCUACGACAUGUACGCCCAAUCCAUUGCUGCUGCGUCCAAGUUCAUGAGGGAGAAGCUGGGCAGCAAAUUCAAUCUCGUCGAGGAGUUGUUGCUAAACGAGGAGAAUUCUCGAAUCGAUACGCCUGCAAUCGCCCAGCCAGCUACGACAGCACUUCAGGUUGCACUUGUGGAUCUCUUGAUCAAGUAUUGCGGCGUCGUCCCCGAGUCUGUCGUCGGCCACUCUUCUGGAGAGAUUGCGGCAGCUUAUGCGUGCGGUUACAUUACGCGCGAGACGGCUUGGGAGUUGGCUUAUCACAGAGGUGUUUGCGCCGCAUCCCUUAUUCAACUUGCCGAUGAAAAGAGAGCCAGACCAGGUCGCAUGAUGGUUGUCGGCUUGUCAGAAGCAGAUGCUGGUAGAUAUGUUGGCCGACUUGGACGUCGCCGAGUCACGAUCGCUUGUAUCAACAGUCCCAAGUCUGUCACACUAUCCGGUGACGCCGACGCCAUCUUGGAGGCCAAGGAAAUGCUCGAUGAGGCUGGGGCAAUGACUCGUCUUCUCGACGUUCAUGUCGCAUACCAUUCGCACCAUGUAUGGGGAUGCGCUGAAGAGUACACCCAGUCCAUUGCCCACCUGCGCCCGGGAAAUUUUCACCGCACCUCGACUACCAUGUUCUCAUCGGCCCUGAAUCGUCCGGUUCAAUGGAAUGAGCUAACCCCGGAGUAUUGGGUAAACAAUCUGAAGUCGCCAGUCCAGUUCUUUGGCGCCGCACAAGCCAUGCUAUCUGGCGACGACCACCCGAGACCAGAUGUUGUGCUCGAGAUUAGUCCUCAGCCCAGGCUUUGGAGUCAUGUCACGGAGAUUUUCAAAGCCGAAGAGACGUUUCGCCGCCAACCGCUGGCUCGCUACUCCAUGACUGAUCGCAAUCAAGAUCCAGCAAUCACUGCCAUCAAGACUCUCGGUCAACUCUGGACUCACCACUGCCCCGUCAAUAUGCACUGGGUAAUCACACCCAACGUUGGAUCGGAACUGCCAUCUCUUGUUGUCGACCUUCCUAAUUACAGCUGGAAUCAUAGUAUUACGUACUGGCAUGAGUCGGCUUCGUCAAAGGAAAACCGACUCGCAAGUUCUGGAAGACGCGACCUGAUAGGUCGUCGCAUCACAGAAGACAAGACGUUUAUGCCAGCAUGGCGCGGUUUCCUGCGCUUGAAUGAAAGCCCAUGGAUACGACAACACCGGGUACAGAACACAACAAUCUACCCGGCUUCAGGAAUGAUUGUCAUGGUCCUUGAAGCGGUCAAACAGAUCUACGAGGAUGAUCCCCUUGAAGGCAUCGAGAUAUCCGACUUCAAAUUCGUGAAGCCAAUGCUGAUCCCCGAGAGCGCCGGCGAGUUGGAAUACAUUCUACAAAUGACCAUUCAUCAUGGAUACAAGGGCAGUCUGAUUGACGGCGAGCAAACAAAGUACAAUUUCAGUAUUCUCUCGUUACUUCAAGACAGAGACAUGCAGCUACACAGUCAUGGCACCGUAUCUUUGUACCACUGGCGCGGAGGUCCAGGUCCCAACUUGUUACCGGAUCGCAAGGACAAGAAGCAAUUGAUGCCGACAUUGCAAGAAUAUCACAAGACGCGCAAGAAUUGCAACGAGUGGGUGGUUCCACAACACCUUUACGAGUCACUACAUGUCAUUGGCAUGGAAUAUGGCCCCUUGUUCCAGAAUAUCGCCAGUUUGGACAGAAAUGACAAGGAGUGCGUCUUUGAGAUUCGAAUCCCGGAUACAAGGUCCAGUAUGCCAGCAAAGUUCGAGUUACCGCAUACGCUGCAUCCGGCCACGCUUGACAGCAUUUUCCAGACUGCCUUUAGUCUGAGAUCCGAGGCAAUGGUCCCGUCUUACAUUGGAAGCAUCUACAUUUCCCUGAGUAGUAACCUUCCUUGCGCAGCAGGACAAGAGCUUAUUGGAUUUGCCAAGGCCAUGAGCCAAGAUGCUCAGAAAGCCAGUGUGUCAAUCGUCGCAUCAGAUGAUCGUUGGAAGGCUUGCCCAUCAGAGUCUUUCGGCGGUGCUUUGAUUGUUGUGCAAGACAUGGAGCUUGUCGCUCUAGGACCAGAUUCCAAGUCGAACUCGGCAGCUGCCGGUUUCAUCCCCAAUCACCAGAACCUCUGUUCCGAAAUCAAAUGGGAGCCGCUACAUGAUCAUGCCGCCAGCAAGUGCGAAAUUCCGAUCAAGCACGAGGAGAAUGAAAGCAUUUUUGUGCUCGUUCCUGAGGUUAUGGACGCCAAUCUGGCCAGACUCGCUGUGGAGCUUUGUCAAACUCUUGACUGCAAGUCAAUCACUCUGAGUCAAAUUGACAAGAAUAAGUACUGCCCCGAGUUUUCCAUCUCUCUGUUGGAAGCACCCAGGAGCCAGCAUUUCAUCUGGGACUGGUCCAAGGACGAGUUUACUGCUUUCCACACACUGAUCACGUUGACACGAGGAGUGCUAUGGCUUACACAGGGAACUACGAGCAACCCUACAAACCCAAAGUCGAGCUUAUUCCAAGCAUUGGCCCGAUCGAUUCGAUCAGAAGAUCCGACAAAGAAUUUGGUCACCCUGGAUCUAGACAUUGGGACCAACCUCAAUGCCGAACAGACUGUGUCGUUGAUUACAGGUCUGGCGAAGACUUCCUUCUAUGAACCCAAUAGAUCUGAAUCUGCCGAGACUGACUACGCCGAAAAGAAUGGCGAGCUGACGGUACCUCGACUGGUCCCUCUGGCAUCACUGAACUCCAUGAUGACGGAAAGCACUGCUGAGCAUCUAGAGCCGACACUAGAGUCAUUAAUGCCACAUGAAAAUCGCCCUUUGAAGCUUCAAGUCCGCGGAAAUGGCAACCUGAAGACUCUGUACUGGAUUGACGACGAAAGUGCAACGCAGCAAUUGGACGACAACAGUGUCGCCAUCAAAGUUGUGUCGGCAGGUUUGACCUUGCUCGAUGUCGAUAGCAUCGUGGCCAGAUCUCGACUAGACAAUCUCGGAACAGACGUCUUUGGUAUCAUCAAGGCUGUUGGAGCACAAGUGCAGAACCUGGCGGUGGGGCAAACAGUCGUUGGCAUUGCACGAGGAUCGCUACGAAGCCAGGUCAGAUGUCAUCAAUCUCUCGUCGUACGCGUUGGAAUUGACCCUCUUCUCGUUGUUCUCCCAACUUCUUUGGCAGUUGCCGAUUACACCCUUCGUUCCUUGGCUCAACUCAAUGACAGAAUGUCCAUCCUGAUCCAUGCUGGUACCAGCUCCUUUGGACUGGAAGCGUUCAAACUGGCAUCACAAAUUGGAGCCAGGAUCUUUGUGAUUGUCGCUGGUCGUACGCAACGCGCAUUCCUCAUGACUCAAAUCGGCCCCCACAACGCCAUGAUUCUUGAGGAAAAACGCGAUGACUUAAUGGCAUGCAUCACGAGUCUGACUGCUGGCGUCGGAGUCAACGUCAUUUUCGAUCCCACAGCCAGUCAUGCUGAUUUAAACAUGCAAUGCGUCGCCAAUUGUGGCCACAUAAUCUGUAUUGCAAGAAACGCAAUGACUACAGGCUCAUUGCCUCUGUUGGAUAACAAGACCUUCAACACGAGUUUUGUCAACAUUGCCAGCUUGAUCGAGAAUGCGCCUCAGCAACUAGGAGAGAGUUUCAGGAAGCAGCUCACUGAUGGUCACCACUUGCAUGAGUGCCACCUACACCAUUCUACUGAUCUAUCGCGCGCCUUCAAGGAUAUGAUGAGCGACGAGCACACUGGACACGACUUCUGCAUGCACACCAGAACAACAGGCAAGAUUCUUCCGGUCGUGGCUAGGGCUGAUCAGCAUCUGAAGUAUCAUCUCCAAUCGGACGUCACUUAUGUGAUUGCUGGAGUCGGCGGUCUCGGGCGAGUCAUUGCGGAGAUGCUGGCAUUGAACGGAGCCAAGUACAUUGCUCUGCUUUCCCGAUCUGGAGUGGCCAGCAAGUACUUGAGUGAUUCCGUCUCAUACCUCAAGGAUCGAGGCGUCACCGUCCAAGUGUUCAAGGCAGACAUUUGUGACGAAGAGAGCUUGAAACACGCAGUAGACAGUAUCAAGACUACCAUGCCACCUGUCCGAGGACUGUUUCAAUGUGCAGCCGUUCUUCGCGACGCUCCCUUUGAAAAGAUGACGUACGAGAAUUGGCAAGCAGCAAUCAGACCCAAGACAAUUGGCUCGUGGAACUUGUACAAACUUUUCCCUCAAACCAUGGACUUUAUGAUAUUUCUGUCUAGCAUUUCUGGCAUUAUUGGUAAUCGUUGCCAGUCCAACUACGCCGCAGGUAACGCAUUCCAAGACGCACUCGCCAAGCACAUCACCGCCCAUGGCCACAUGCGCUCCGUCUCCCUCGACCUGGGCCCGAUUCUCGGUGCGGGCAUGGUGGCAGAGGAUCAGCACAUGCUCGACAUGCUCAAGGCCAGCGGUUUCUUGGGCAUCCGUCUCCAUUACUUCUUGCGCAUAAUGGAGCGGGCCAUCAUUGGCUUUGCGGCAGUCAACGAUCCUCUGCCAUCCCAGAUCGUUGUCGGCGCUGGAACGGGUGGUCACAUCCGCCAGAACAGGCCUACUGACCCCUACUGGUCACGUACGGCGCUGUUUUCCCACCUCAACAAGUUGGGCGUACCUGCUGCCGAGGAAGCGGCCGCGUCGGCCACGCAAGAGCCGACGACGGCGACGCGGCUGCUGCUCGCCAAGGCCAAGAGCAGCGCGGAUGCCCGCCAGGUCAUCCAGGACGGCCUCUGCGCCAAAAUCGCCGCCAUCAUGGCGAUUGGCGCAGAGGAGGUGGACACGGGCAAGAGUCCCGCCGACUACGGCGUGGACUCUUUUAUGCGGCCCGUGAUCCGUACCUGGCUGCUGCAGGAGUGUGGCGCCAGCAUCUCCGUCCUGGAGAUUGAGGGCGAGAAGAGCGUCGCCGGCCUUGCCGCUCUGGCGGCCGAGAGGAGUUCUCUCCUCGUUUUUUGA